AUGCCAACCCAGCACGUCGAACCGGGAAGUGAAGAGCAUCUACGGAAUGUUGCGACAGCUGUACUGAAGGCCCGGAAAGUGGUUGUUGUCACCGGCGCCGGUAUAAGCACGAACUCUGGUAUACCGGACUUUCGAUCAGAAAACGGAUUGUACUCGCUCAUUCAGGCCCAAUUUGAUGCUGCUUCUCGGCAAGCGCGUCAGGACGACACGAUAGACGACAAUGAAGAACAGAUUGGAGAUGGUGACGAAUCACGUCCCGUAAAGAGAAGGAAACUCUCAGUGGAUGAAGAGACGGACGCUGACUCUAUAAUCGUCAAAACGGAAAACUGCAAUGGUUUGCGUGAGGAAGAGCCUUCUUUGCUUGUAAAUGCAGAGUUACCAGAGCCCGCUGGGGAGACUCCCACUACAGCAACAUCAACGGCUACACAAAUAAUCGUGGAGACUAGGUUCACCACACCACGCUCUAAAGUGGCAACGUUUUCUGCUAUGGACCUCAACACAUCGCCACUCUCGUCUCCCCCGGCUGAAGACUUCCUCAUCCCUCCAUCAACUUUUCGAUCGCACACACAUCGGUAUAUAGCGAACGUGGCUCUUCCACUAAGCUCAUCACCGCUUUCAUCCCCUCCGCCAGUGCUUUUCGAUCCUUUUGAACCAAUAUCCCCAUCCGAGGCGAGCUCUGAAAGACGAAGCAGUACGUCGCCAUCCGAGGUGGACGAAACUGACUCUCCCGCAAACAACUUUGCUUCAUCUCAAGGUUCUACUGGGGGCAAAAAUACGUUACCAAAUAUGAAAGGCAAGGAUCUUUUCGACGCCAAUAUUUGGUCAGAUCCGAUACGAACAUCAGUUUUCUACACGUUUGCAACAUCAUUACGGCAGAAGAUUAAAGAUGCCGAGCCAACGACGUCGCAUCGGUUCAUUAGCCAUUUGCGGGACCGUGGAAAAUUGGUCAGAUGCUAUACCCAGAAUAUUGAUCAGAUCGAAGAGAAAGUUGGACUUUCAACGCGGUUACAAGACGGACCUGGCAGUCGUGGUCGGUUUUCGCGCCGAUCCACCGCAAACACGUCGCAGUUGAAUAAAAUGGUUGACGAAGCAAAUUCAACUCCCCUUGAUAGACAGCCAUCUGAGCCUUCUAGCCAACCUAGUGCUUCUACGGAGUCUAAUCAGCAGUCACAAUCUUCGUCCUCGGAUGGGAACUGUACUGACAAGGAACUACCCUCGGCCGAUCAGGCCAAGCCGUUACCGAAAACUGGGAAGAAGGAAUUGCCCCGGUCUGGAGUGGAAUGUGUGUUUCUCCAUGGGUCAUUGGACCUCCUCCGAUGCUUCCUCUGUGGCAAAGUCUGUUCUUGGGACGACGAUGAUCGAGAACAAGACACCCUCUCGGGCCAGCAACCUGAGUGCCCUCACUGUGUUGGAGCAACAGUGGCACGGGAAGAGAGAGGGAAACGCGCCUUAGGUGUUGGCAAGCUACGCCCUGAUAUUGUUCUUUAUGGCGAAGAACAUCCCAAUUCACAUCUAAUCAGCCCAAUUGUGACCCAUGACCUGGGUUUGUAUCCUGACAUGCUUCUGAUCUUGGGUACAAGCCUCAGGGUUCAUGGGCUGAAGGUUAUGGUGAGAGAGUUUGCAAAAGCAGUCCACAGCAAGGGCGGGAAAGUCGUCUUUGUCAACUUUACCAAGCCGCCUGACAGCAUCUGGGGAGACAUCAUCGACUACUGGGUACAGUGGGAUUGCGAUGCCUGGGUUGACGAUUUGCAAGUCAGGGUACCAAAACUCUGGCAAGAGCCCGAGCCUCCAAAACUUAGAAGGAAACGGGAAUCUAGCGGAACCUCAGAAGAUGGCGCGAAACAAGAGAAAAAGAAACCCCCAGUUGCGAAUCCCGUUGCGCUACGUGACACAAAGGUCACCGGCGCCUACUGGACAUUCAAAGUCCUCAGCGAGCUACAUCGGAUCACAAAUGCAGCAACUGAAAGUCCACCACUUCGACGAGCAUCUCUGUCUAUACCGCAAACGGCGGCAACACAUGAGCAAAAAGCGACCAAGCCAAGGCAGAAACGACCAAGAAAAUCGGCUCCUGGGGCUCUAGAAAAAGGGCAGAGGAGGUCAUCUACUCUCAAUCCCAACCACGGCAGGUCGCGCAAGAAGACCGAAGCUUCCUCAACGGGCCAGGAAUCUGGCGAUGUGGUCGAGCCAGCGACACCUCAAGCAAUCGGCCCUCGGGAGGUUGGCAGCACCAGCUCUAUCUUGAGCUCGGUCAAGGAAAACGCCAGGGUAAGGAAGAGAAAGAUGAUUGAUGGUGAAGAGGUUCCAUCGCCAGCAGUCGGGCGAAGACGAGGAGGGGCUUUGUCACAAAAAACGCGGAAGGAUGACUUGAAAUUGCCGCCUUUGCGAAAGAUGACGGCAAGUCAGACAACUCCGCUAUACGGGAAACCUCGAGCACUGGAGCCAAAGAGUCCGCCAAGCGGCCCUCUCAUGUCCUUGUCACCCAACUUGCGAAGUGCGCGAGCUUUUCAGAGACAUAAUGCAUUCUUUAUAGAGGAUAUGCUUGCCGGGCUGCCCAAUACACCACUUCCUGGCAGGGGGCUUCCAACACAAAACGAAAAUUGGCGCCCGGACCAUAGCGGGACGAAAGAAGAAGCGAAUGCAGCCCUCGCAUUAGCCGGUCUGAGGACGAGCCCAGUAAUGACAAGGUCAAUGCCACGAAAGCACGUAGACGGAAGCUUGGACGGUCGAUUGAAGAACUGGGGGUCUACUUGGAGUUGCAAUCAAUAA